AUGAUUAUACGAAAUACUACUAGUCGUCAACUGGCUCCAUUCAAGCUGCCUCUUGCUACUUUCGCCCUCUCGUGCAUCAUCCUUUCCGCCACAUUCGUUCUUUGCCAACCGUGCGUUCUUUUGCAAAACGAUGUGAUCCUGAUAGUGCUGAUGGGACCAGCAAUUUUUAUCCAUCCGGCCAUCUCCUCCAUAUGUUUCGUCAUAUUUCAAGCUACGCUGAUUCUCUGCACACUUCAAGUUGCAUCGCCUUAUCUCUUCAAAAUAUUAGCUAAAAAGGACAAAAUCACUCCACUGUGGCAAAUAGUAUCACUAGCAGUGCCAUUUGUCAUGACAUGGCUGGUGCUCAUUGUCCCUCUUGUGGUGUUCUCUUUCAAGUCGUAUGGAGAAAUUUAUGAUCGGAAAGAAGCUUACCAGCGGAUUGUCUCAGCAUACAACGAAACCUUGAACUGGACAACCGUACUUUGUCACCUACAAACUGAACGUAAUCGACAAAUUGUGGCUAAUAUUGCUGGUGGUAGUAUGUACCAUUGGAUGCAUCAGCGUCGCGGUGAGCACGACCAGGUCAUCAGAAUUGUUGAGAACCCUAAAGCUUCACAAAUGGGCGACAUAUGCUCCCGCUGGUUUCGGACAAAUCGCCAACACUUCCCGAUUAAAUGUGAGUUUAUACCGCUGCCUUGA